CGUUCAUACCCGCCCGUCUUGGAGAUGCUCGAGAGCAACACCAACAAGGCGCUCUUCGCGGAGUACGCGGACGACGUGCCGCGGCACCUCGCGCAGCUCGAGGCCGCGAACGGUAUCAGCGUCCAGCUCAUUGACAUGCAGCCAGAGAUCAAGUGGUAUAUGCGACCAUAUCUCUUGGACUUUCUCUCCGAAACCCACUACUCGUUGCGCUUGCAGCCGCAAACCUACUUCCUCGCAUGGUCCAUCAUCGACCGCUACUGCUCCAAGCGCGUGGUUUUCAAAAAGCACUACCAAUUGGUCGGCUGUACCGCCUUGCUUAUUGCCGCAAAAUAUGAGGAUAAAAAGUCGCGCGUGCCCACCCUACAGGACCUCGUGCACCUCACGCGCCAGACCUACGACGAAACCAUGUUCAUGCAAAUGGAGCGCCACAUCUUGACAACCUUGGAAUGGUCGUUGGGACAGCCAACGUACGAGGAGUGUUUGCAGCUCGCGAUCUCCACCUCAGUGGACUUCAACCAGUUGACUCCCGUGAAAAAGCACAGACCGAACGGCGAGUCCAUGUUGACGUCGCUCACCGAGAUGGGCCGUUUCUUCUGCGAGAUUGCGCUCUAUGACAAGUCAUUCCUCCACUUUCCCGUGUCGCUUGUCGCCAUCGCUGCCAACUCGCUAGCUAGUCAGAUGCUCGACAUCCCGUCCACCGCCGCGCGCCUCCAGCACAUUAUUGCGCACUUCUACCUGCAGAGCGCGCGCGACUCGUACACGCACGACGACGAGUUUUUCUUCGAAGACGAAGAGAACUGCGCGCCCCGCGUCACCGGCGCCUUCCUCUCGGGCUUCAACGAAGACGCGUUACUCUCCAUCAAAAAAAUCACGCUUUUGUUCAUGACCUCGCUCACCUCCGUCUCCGAGUUUGUCCAGCGCAAGUACCAGGAGUUGGGUGUGUGUCAGGUCAUCAACCAGUACAUCCACCGCAACGCGUUUCUGUUGAAGCCCGUGUUGGAAACC